AUGGGUCGAUUUCUCCCCACCACAACUUGUCUCCUCCCCUCAACCCCUGUUGUCCCCUGCCACUCUCCGCCUCCCCUCUCCCUGCAGGCCAUAGUGUCUCGCCUGCUGGCCCUCUGCGCUCCCCCAUCGCCCCCCGCAGCAGUUGCGGCAGCAGGAGGAGAGGCAGUAGGAGGUGCUGCAGGAGGAGGGGCAGCAGGGGGGGCAGAAGCAGGGGCAGCAGGGGAGGCAGCAGGAAGGGCAGCAGGGCAGGAAGGAGGGCAGGAGGGGCAGGAGGAGGGGGAGGAGGGGGAGCUACCAGAGGCGCUGGUGGAGCUGCUGAGGGCGUUCACAGUGGAUGCCCCUCCAGCACUGACGGCUCGCCUGCAGCUGCUGCACAUACCAGCAGCAGCAGUGGCCGCACACCCCUCUCUGGCUCCCAUCGCCGAUUCUCUCUCCUCGCUCUCGCAUGACUUGCCCCUGCCACAACAGCUAACACAGCUUGCCUCUCGGGCCGCCAGCCUCUCACCAGCGGUUCUCGCACAGAGUCUGGAAUCUCUCUGCAGCCAUCUCCCCGCCACCAAGCACCUCCUGUGGUGCGACAACACUGCCCCUGCAGCCAGAGGCGUGGAGGGAGCACCAGGCAGCAGCAGCCCUGAGCUGCACGCAGGGGGCGCAGGGGGGCCUGGGGAUGGAGUGCCGCGCCCCUCUGCUGAGGCCCUCUCUGCCACGUGGCAGCUGCUACAGGUGCCACGCCAGCUCAGCGAGUUGGACCACUGCACGAGCACGAUCCGGGCGUGCCUCGGGAGGCUUCUGGCUGCUCUGGGCAUAUGGGAUGCCUCUGCUGUUUCCUUCAAGCCUCCCACAACAGCAGCAUCAGAGCCCACGGGUGGUGUGACAGUAGUGAAUGCGGAUCCAGCAGGCGAGGGCGUUCACGAGGGGGUGAUUGUAUCGGUGCUCAAGCUGCUGGCCAGCCUCCUGGUGGACCCAGACGUGCAUGUCAUUCAGUCCGCUGCUCGAACCAUUGAGGUCGGUCCCUUGCCUGCUCUGUUCCUGCCUUGCUUCUGCCUGUUUGAACUUUUGAAUCAUAACUCUUCGCUCUUCCUUGUUGCAUCAGCGCUGCGACUGCAUCACAUUGAAAAGCCUGUUGAAUCGCCAUUCAUUCAGCUCGCCAUGCACCAUGAUCUCAGCUGUAACUCCACCGCUUGUCCGUUCUGUUCUGGGGGCGUCACAGACCACUCGGUUCCGCUUGUUCCCUUGUCCACCACAUGCCCCUGUGUGCGCUGCUUGCGUUCAUGGCAGGCCAUGCUCAUGACAGAGAGGGGCCAUCGGGUGUUCACUGCCACGGGCUUUGAGGAGAAGCGAUACCUUGAGGCGCACAUAAAGACGGUGAACACCGCCCGAGCACAGCAGAUCAUCCAGCACCUAAGAACCGACGCAGCAGCCCGCACGUCUGCACUGCACGACCCCUCGGUGUGGCUGGCAGUGGGCGCAUCUCACGAGGAGUGGGUGUGCCGGGUGGUGCCUCUGCUCAUUCUGCAUGCACCAGACGACAUUCUCAUGCUUUGUGAGCCACUGUGCCGUGUGAACGCCUCACUAGCGGCGCUGCUCCUCCCCCACACGCUCGCCACCCUCGCUGCCUCGCAUGCUCCCACCAGUCUCCUCUGCCGCACUAUCUCUGCCCAGCUCACCACCCACGUGCUGCAGCCAGCGCGUGCGGUGUCUCCACGCACAUUGCAACUCCUCUUAGACGCAUUCACUGCCCUCAGAGCCUGCCACACCCGUGCUCUCAUGGCCCCGCCCCCAACUGCUGCCGCUGCUGCUACCCGUGGUGCUUCCACUGCCGUGGGCGCUCGAAGGAGUGCCGCCAAGCCGGUCUGGUUGCAGCUGGACCUCCUCACGCUCGCACAGGCUGCACAGCACUGUGGUGCGACACUCACGGCCAUUCUCUACGCGGAGCUCUGGUGUGAGGCGCGCUUUGGACGGCCCACUCUCGGCGAACCCAGCUUCGAUGAAGACUCUGACGCGGCCUUGGAGAAUGUGAGAGAGGCAGCGGCUCUCACCCUCGCCCAUGGUGCAGCCCGGCCCAUUCACACACGGCAGGCACGGCACACAGAGCUGCACACGUGGCAGCGCCAGCUGGCAGCCUGUGGGAGCAGCUUCGAGCUACAGGAGCCACUGCUGAGCUGUCGAGGGGCGUACCUGCGUGCUAGCGGGCAGCAUGCUGCCCUGCCGCUGCACCUGCUGGAGGCUGCCAGCCUCUGCCGCAAGGCGCGCCUGCUGAGCCAGGCGGCAGUGCAUGUGCAGCAUCUCAAGGACGCCUGCCGCGCCCUCACACUCACGGGCCACACACGCAUCACUGUGCCUUCCUUAUCAGCAACAAGCAGCGGUCCCACAGCGUCGGCAGAGGAGGGGGCGUGGGCAGAGGAGGGAGCGUGGGCGGUGGAGGGGGUUUCGUUCUGUGGGCGGGUGGAGGAGGCGAAGCUGCUGGCGUUGGAGGGGCAGCAGGACAUGGCUGUGCGCCUGCUGCAGCACCUGCUGCGCCUAGACCUGCCACCCCACGCCUCCCAGGGAUCUGCUUCUCCUGCUGCUGCUGCCGCUGCUGCUGCCGCUGCUGCUGCUGCCGCUGCUGCUGCCGCUGCUGCUGCUGCUGCUGCUGCAUGUGUGCCGGUGCCGGACCGUGUCUACACGCUUGGCUUGGCGGCCAAGUGGCUUGGGGAGACACGCUCUAUCAGCUCGCGCGUGGUACUGAGUGACUACCUGUGGCGCGCAGUGGACCUCACACAGAACCCGCCCGUCGCCUCGCCCUCAACUACUGCUGCCUCUGCAGCAACCCCGAGCUACGCCUCCUUCCCGUUCGCGAAUAACUGGCACCAGCAGCAACAGGAGCGGCAGUGGAGGCAGCAGCUGCGGCAGGGGGCGUAUGGAGGGCUGCAGGGGGGUGAAAGGGAGCGGGGGGGGCAGGGGGAGGAGCAAGGCGAGUGGCAGCAGCGGCGGCAGCGGGGGGAGGUGCAUUUUCAGAUGGCGCGUUAUGUGGAUGGGCUGUUCCUCCUGCUGCAUGCCCGCCUGCACUCGCAGCAGUGGCGUGCUGCCCAGGAUCUGACGAAACACAAGCGGAAGGAGUUGGAGGAGAUGACGAAGCGACUGAAGGCGUCCAGACGAGAGGACGAGAGGCGGGUGUAUGGGAUGAAGAUCAUGGAGCUUCAGAAGCAGCUGAGCAUGGACGACCAGGACGCCAACGACCUUCAGAGCGAGCAUGACAUGUACCUGCGUGCUGCUCUUGAGAACUACAGGAACUGCCUUCUUGCGGCCGACACGUUCAACAUCAAAGUGGUGUUUCGCCUGACAGCCCUCUGGUUCACUCUGCUCAACGAUGCCACGGCAGACGCGGUGAAUGCAGAGAUGCUCACAACCAUCCAGACUGUGCCGUCAUACAAGUUCCUGCCUCUGGUCUACCAGAUGGCAUCCCGCAUGAGCGAGCGAGACCCUCUCGGCUCACCACCACUGCACCCAGAGACACCCGACUUCCAGUCAGUGCUGACAACGCUUGUCAAGCGAAUGGCAGAUGACCAUCCCCUGCACACUGUGCCUGUGCUCAUGGCACUGGCGAAUGGCAACAGGGUGCGCAGCAGCCAGCGUGGGCGCAACCUCUUUGUCGUGGAUGAGGACAAGAUCCGGGCAGCAAAGGCUGUCCUGGGCGGCAUGGCUGAGCGGCACAAGCCCAUGCUGGAUGAGAUGCAGCAGCUGAUGGAUCUGUACAUCCGCCUGGCGGAGAUGGACACCAGCAAGGAGGAUCUCAUGCGCUCGAAGCAGCUUCCGAGAAACUUCCGCAGCGUGAAGGAUCUCUUACGAGUGCCGGUGCUCACAGCCUCGGUGCCCGUGGACCGAACCUGCUGCUAUGGCCCGGGGUCCUUCCCUGCCGUCUGUGGGCUCAAGGACACCAUGAGGGUGAUGCACGGGGUGAAUGCACCCAAGGUGGUGGAGUGCAUGGGAUCUGACGGCCGCGUGUACAAGCAGCUUGCUAAGUCCGGCAACGACGACCUCAGGCAGGAUGCUGUGAUGGAGCAGCUGUUUGGGUUGGUGAACUCGCUGCUGCAAGCCCACGAAGGGGCCACCAGGCGCCACCUCGCCAUCCGCACCUACAAGGUGGUGCCAUUCACUCCCAGCGCGGGACUGCUCGAGUGGGUGGAUGGCACGCUGCCUCUUGGGGAGUAUCUUCUAGGAAGAAUUGCACGGGAAUGCUGUGCCUUGCUUGCAGCACGCGUCAGUCUGCAUCCACACCAACCCCCCUGCACCUUCUGCUUCGCACCUGUGCCCGCUCAUCGUUCUUCCCCUUGCUUCGCCCCCAUCCACUCCCUCCCCACCCACGCGGCCAGUACUCGCAAGGGAGGAGCACACGCACGCUAUGGUGGAUCUGAUUGGCCCUUCAUGACGUGCCGUGAAGUGAUGUCACGGGAAAGUGACAAGAGGCAAGCCUUUGACAAGGUCCUUCAGAACUUCCACCCUGUGAUGCGCCACUUCUUCCUGGAGCGCUUCCUGUUGCCGGCUGACUGGUUCGACCGCCGCCUCACGUACACUCGCAGCGUGGCUGCCACUUCCAUGGUGGGGUACGUGGUGGGACUGGGCGACCGGCACUCAAUGAACAUUCUGCUGGACGAGCGAUCAGCAGAGGUGGUGCACAUCGACCUGGGCAUUGCGUUCGAGCAGGGGCUCAUGCUCAAGACGCCUGAGAAGGUGCCAUUCCGCCUCACUCGGGACAUUAUUGACGGCAUGGGCGUGAGCGGUGUGGAGGGGGUGUUUCGGCGCUGCUGCGAGACGGUCCUGGCGGUGAUGCGAGAGAACAAGGAGGCACUGUUGACCAUCAUUGAGGUGUUCAUCUAUGAUCCCCUUUACAAGUGGGCCCUCUCUCCGCUUAAGGCGCUACAUCGACAGAAGAUGGAGGAGAGUGAGGAGGCAAUGGAGGAGGAGGGGACGGAGGAGGAGAGCGGGACACCGAUGGAGGGCAACGAGGAGGCAACAAGGGCACUGCUGCGAGUCAAGCAGAAGCUCGACGGGUUUGAGGACGGCGAGAUGCGUAGCCUUGCCGGGCAGGUGCAGCAGCUGAUCAAGGAUGCACAGGACCCCGACCGCCUCGCCAUCAUGUUCCCAGGAUGGGGAGCUUGGCUGUAG